AUGACAAAAAUACUACAUAAUGGACCCUGGUUCAUCAAUGGCUUCUUUCUUUCAAUCCAAAAAUGGGUGCCAAAUUUUAUAGCCAAAGAAGCUCAUCAAAGCUAUACAACUGUAUGGGUACGUCUACCACAACUACCCACGGAAUUUUAUGAUGGAAUUAUACUAUCAAGAAUUGGCAACUGCAUUGGCAAAUUGCUCAAAGUAGAUGCAUGCACCUCUGCUACAUUAAGGGGGAGAUAUGUCAGGCUGUGUGUGGAGUUGCCUCCGGAGCAACCAGUACAAAACUACCUCCUAAUUGGCCAACAUAAACAACUCAUUUUAUAUGAAGGUGAUGAUAUUCUAUGCAAAGCAUGUGGCAAGCUGGGACACACAAGUCUGCGAUGCUCACAAGCCACUUUACCAACUAAACAAAAGGCAGACCAAUCUGAUAUUGAGCCACCACUGUCCAAGACUGAUCAAGCAGGGGAAUGGAUGACAGUCUCCUUUCCUAAAAAGGGCAAAUCUAAGGCAACCAAUCAACAGAAGGAAAAGGCUGGUAAGUAUCUCAAUACCCAGCCUUUAAGUUAUAUUAACAAACAGUUUCUAACUAAUAUUCCAAACAAUUUAGUAAGCACAUUUCAAUCUGAUCCUAGUAAUGAACCAACCAUCGUCGACAAAACUCAAGUUGCUAAACCUAAUGAUAAAGGUGAAAGCAGUCUUGCUAAACCAGCUAAGCAGCACAAGGAACCAAACAAUGUUUCUGAACCAAACAAUCUUCUUCUUCAACGCUUGCCACAACUAAUAUUGAGAGCUGGUUAA